CACUACUCCAAUUUUUGUUUUUUUUUUCGUUUUUCAGCCUUUUUUUAAUUAAUCACACAAAUGAACACUCAUUUCUUUUAUGAAGAUGGCCAAGGCAACAUAAUUGAUGAGCAAGGAAAUGAAGCAAUGGACAUUGAGGAAGAGAUCGAUCCUUAUAACCUUGCAACUUUGAUGACCUUGGCACAAUACCGAUCUUUUCAGGAACAAUUCCACACCGAGCCUAGGGAAGAUCUUGAUGCACGAAUGGAGGAGGCAUCACAAGAAUUGGCAACAGAAACAGCGAAAGGUAGAAAAUAUAAUGUUUAUACCGACAAACAUAAAGCUGUUUUUUGGUAUUUCAAUAGAAUCAAACUCUGGAAAGCUGCGCCUUCUGCCCGAAAAGCACAAGUUGAAAUUCGUACUGCUCAGAAGUGGGCGAAACGUCUCAAAGAAGAUCCUGAUUGGAAUAUUUAUGAAAAACAGGCUAAUAAGGCUAAUCGAAAACAAUCACAGCUUCAGCACGAACACAAGCAGCAUCUCAUUGAAUUUUUUGAUGAAUAUCCCCAAGCAACAAGAUAAGACGCGGUGGAUAGUUUAACAGAAGCAUUUGAGAGUUUCAGUUUAAAGACGACAUCUGUUGGUAAUUUCAUCCUUUACGAGUGCAAUAUGACAGUGAAGAGAGCGACCCUGCAUCCU